UCAGCGCUCCCCGAUUUGUUUGCAUUUUCGUACUUUUUCCAAUCUUACUCCAGGAAAAACGUAUUGGAUAUAGAUUUUAACCGAUGUAGCUCUUGGAAACGUUUGCUUGGUAUGUAGAGUGGAAAAUGUCGUCUGCUAUAGUUCACGGAUGUAUUCCAGAUAUAUAAAUGCAGCGAAUCGGCCACGUUUUUAAUAUAUAUUUACACCACACGAUCAGAAAAAUGGGGUCACGUCCGUUGUGAGUUCCCAUCGUAGAAUAACAGAACUCAAUGUGUGAACAAGGGUGGCGAAAAUAAAGAAUUAGAAUUAAUAAGUUAAUGAUGGAAUUAUUUACAAUCAAGCAGAUCGACGACUUUAUUUAGGCUAAACCUGACAGUUCUUACUGCAAAGCGUAACUCUCAACAUGUAUUGGUCAGCACAGUCAUUGCAAGACGACAGCAUCGUAGAUGCUUCUGGCAAUAAACUCGAACAAGUGACGACUAAUUCAAGCAAUCUUGACCGUUCCAAAGAAAGACAUUUAACAUCUACUCCUUUGGAUCUCUCGGGAUCGUUCACCGAUUCACAAAAUCCACGAGAAGUGGAAAGUCCUUUGGAUUUAUCAUUGAAAACGAGAAAACGCCAAGCAGACUCUACAGAAAUAAGGGAAAUGUAUCUUGCUCAUCAACAAAUGUAUCCUUUUGGAAAAAGACCAUGUGUAAAUGUGACACAAUCUCAAAUGCAAUACCUUCAAAAGCCUGUAGCUCAAAAAGUUUUACAAGGACCAAGUACUAGCAGUUAUGGAGAUCAAAGACAGGCAAUGGAUCGGCAUAUAUCGCUUCAAAGACAGUACUUAGAACAUACUAAUGUUAUAGAACGUAGUCAUCAAGCACUUGAACAGAGACAUGCUUUGGAACAAAGACAAGCGUUUGAACAAAGGCAAGUCCUAGAACAAAGGCAGGUUCUUGAACAUAGACAGAUGCUUGAACAGAGAAAAACUAUUGAAGAUCGUCAGCGACAAGUUAUGGAAGAAAGACAACGACAAGCGAUGGAGGAGAGACAAAGGCAGAUUAGGGAAGAAAGGCAUCUUCCACAAGGGUAUAGCGACAGUUACUACAAGAAACAUCCACCAAGCACGGGUUAUCAAGAGAUACAACAAGACAUGUUACUGCCACAGAGAAACUCUAGUCAACAAGAUAUCUCUUUGGUGAAACAAGGCGUGGGUACACCUUGGCAGACUCAACAAAUUGUCCAAAAUAAAUCUUUAGCUCAAGAACAUUAUCGGAGAUCAUCUCAGAUCCGCUAUUCAAGUAGAAUGAAGAAUCCAAGUUCAGAUGAACAGUACUACGCCAUGCUCCAAACUAUUCAGAAACAAAAUGCAGCAAAGAAACAGCAGAUGGAAAAAGAACGUCUCUUUGCAGAAAGGACAGUUAGAAUGCAAGAAUCAUUAACUGCAACGCAACCGAAACUUACUCCAAAAGUCAGCACAAUGUCUCAUCCAGCUCCCUUCUUGGAAAGACCAGCACAGGCUUACUUGCAAAAGCCAUCAUUGAAUAACGAUAUUAAUUAUAAUCAGCAAUUGUGGAAAGCAGGGUUUACUGAAUCAGCACAACAACGUAUGAUUGUUGAAGCAGCCCAACAACAACACAAUGUAGAAAGUCCCCAUGCAAUUAGCAUUGGGAAGCACAGAAACACGAUGGCUUCUUACAACGUUAACAUAAAGCAAGAGCAUCCCGAUCUGUUGCCCGCAAGUGGAUACAAAAAGCAGUUAGGAAAUGAUAUGCCUGUACAAAUGGAACAGAGGCACCCUUAUUUGGGUCAAGCAUCCCAGAUUCAACAUUCCUCAAACACGCUAAAAGAGGUAAUGAUUGCUGGUAACCCUCAUCAAAUGAAAGGGUUACGGAAUUCUGGUUCUAGAGCAUCUAUGUCCUCAGAAAUUCAGAUGCCUCACCAAACAGAGAGGUCAAUAAUGAAGGGAACUAGUGGGGUAUAUGGUGUAAAUGGAUUUCAGAAAUCGGCAUUAAAUAAGGUGUCUUUAAAACAAUUUUCAACACAUGAAGGAAUCACGAAACAUAAUAGUGAAUGCCAAAAAUCUUGCGAUGGGCACGAAGUACCCGUUUCUAGUCAUAAAUCAUCAACAGUAGAUCAAUAUUCAAAACAGAGACAACUAAGUAAAGCACAAAGAGAAGAACUAGGAAAAAAGAAAGAAAGUGACGACCCCUUAAACGACAAUAGGUUAGUCACACAACUUUUUAGAGGAAUCAUAACACACAAAGGAGGGACGUUGUUAAACGAAACAUUGAAGCAAAGAGAGGAAACGAAAGUUCCUCGUGAAGACAUAAAAGCACAGGAAUCGGCAGGGUCCAAGACAGGAGAGGUUUCCGAGCGCUUAUCAUCUCCACUUUCAAUAUCGAUACCAAACGCCUCUAACUCAUGUAAAACAGAGGAAAAACUGGAAAGUAAACCACGACCGUUCUCCAAGAAACAAUUAAUCAUGAACGCAGUUAACAGAGACGAAGAUCUUCGGAAAAUUGUUAGCAAUUCGGAAAAACCAAAAACUGUUAUUUUUUCCAAUCCAGAUAUCAAAAGAUCUCAAACUACAUCCCCCGUUGGCCCCGAAUCCCCUAAAAUGCCAACUUUAAGUCCCCAACAAAAACUUCAACCGUCUUGUCUGUCUCAACAGGUGACGGAACCACCUACCCUUGACAUUGAUGGUUCCCAGAAACACGAGUCCUGUUUACGUUCUGGUCCCACUUCGUUCUGUCAGGAUAAAAAAAGACUGAGGCUUUUGUCAUCACUCCCGAAGAAAACUCAGCCUGUCAUUGAAGACGACGAAGAGGAAGAAGAUUCCGGUGAAACUCAAAACGAGGUUUCCAUACACGCCAACAGUGUGUUUGCAAAGAGGCCUUUCUUGCACUACAAAAAGAUACCUAUUGCCAAUGUUGCACCGAUGGUUCACGAAAAUUCCACAGAAGAGCAAAAGGAUACUCCUCCCAUUGUCUCAAAUGGAAGUACUGGCCAAAAACGAAAGCUGGAUGAAACAUUUGACAAACAUAUAACUUCCUCAAUCAAAACAUAUUUGAAUGAAAAUUCUGAAACAACAGUCAAUUUUUCAAGAGAAAACGAAACACAUUUGAGUGUUAUUAAUAAUAUUAAAGAAAGGGAACAAAUUAUUAAGAGCAGACGAUUGUCGGAUUCUGAAUGUGUGCUCAAAUCCUCGGAUGGUUGUGAUCGGAAUUACAAGCCGCUGAAGAUAGAGAGACGUCAUAAGUCUUUGAUUCAAGAAUCAAGUUCCAGUCGAAGAAUACCAGAACUUAAGAAUUUUAUGACAACAGAUAACGAUAAGACAGACAGUCGUUCUACAUUCCACGGUAGAAUCUGCUCUACAUCAAAGACACAGAAAAAGGCAGACGACAUUCGUCGCCGAGCGCGGGAAAGACAUCAACAACGUCAGAGAAAUAAGCAGAUUCAGGAAAAUCAAUCUCUCUAUAUCAAAAGCAGACGGCAUAGCCAGGAUAAAGCUCGAGGAUUUAUCGAUUUCAAACCGGAAGUUCUCGUCAAUCGAACUCGAACCAAAACUUGUAAAACUGAAAUUCCGUCAGACUCUGACGAUAAAACAGAAGAUGAAGGAGACAUCAGACGAUUCAAAAAACGUGUAUAUAAGAAAUCAGGACAAAGAAAUAUUCGCAAAGAUACCUUGCAAAAAAAGAAAGAAGGCGGCAAAGAAGUUAGAAAUGGUACAGAUAGUUCAACGGGUAUUUCGCUGAAAAUUGCCUCCAUUGCUCUUACUGAUUGUGUGAAUAAGAACUUACUGGACACUAACUCUGGAGAAGGAAAUUCUAAUGAUGGACCAAGUCAAUCAAAACAGGGAACACAGGAAGCGGAAAAGAAGGUUUCCGCAUCUGCGCAGCCGGAAGUGGAUUCCCUUGGUGUGCCUAUGAAAUUACUCAUCCGUCCAAAACAGAAGCGAAGAUUCCGGAGGAGAUCAAGUACGAAAAGAAUAGGAAAAUGUCGCAGACGAAGAACGAAGUUCCGGAAGAAGGAAAUCACGAAGAAAAAUAUUGUUCCGUUGACGUUUCAGGAUGAUAUUGAGGAUGACGUCUUCGCAAAUGAUGACGUCCUUGGACUGUCAAGGAAUGUGGACACUUCAGAUGAUCUACCACAUACCAGCGCUACAAUUCCUGGAGUGGGCCAAGAAAUCAAGAAACUAGUGGUGUGUAAAGACACUGGAGAAACAAUGUUGCAUCGAGCUGCUCGACUGGGACAUCUGGAUGUGGUUGUAUAUUGCCUACAGUCAGGGGAUGUUGAUGUUAAUACGAAGGAUAACGCGGGUUACACACCUCUUCACGAGUGCUGCGUCAGCGGAAACUUGGAAAUAGCACGCUUGUUGUUAUCACGUGGUGCAAACGUCAACUGCGCAUCACAAGAUGGAAUUAGACCCAUACAUGAUGCUGUGGAAAACGACAAUGUUGAGAUGGUCCGUUUGCUUAUCGUGUAUGGGGCGGAUCCAACUUUAGCAACAUAUACUGGUGCUUCUCCCCUGAAAAUUGCACAUAGUGAUGGCAUGAGGUCGCUUAUUACCGGAUAUUUAGGCGAUAUAAACGGAUUCUCAGGGGACCAGAUAACGACUGUGUGGGAGUUCGAUCUAUACGGGUCAGGUUGUUUACCUGAGACCGAGGUAUUCAGUGAUAUACCGGAAGAUCCUCCAACAGAAUCAAAGGACCAAUAUCUAGAGGAAGCCUCGCUUCCUUUAUUUCCAGUGAUCAGAAUUCAAAAUGGCGAAAUCAAUAGAUCAGAAUCGUUUGUGCUGGUGAGAGAUGUAUGCGAAUUCUACAGAGUCAAACCAUCUGACGCAUUGAAUCAUUUGGAACAUUUAAGCAUCAAUGAACUGUCUAAAGACGAUAUUUUACAGAAUAAGGAGAACUGCCUUCUAUUUCAAAAAUUGUCCAUGUUAUCAGCAACACAACUACCUGCUAUAAGUGAGGGUUCUGUUGGGGACUUGAUACAGACUUGUAAAAAAUUGUCUAAUGGUGCUGAAACUACUGUUACAAACCCUUCACCAUCAAAAAGUGCACAGAAAGAAUCACUUCUGCUCACAGCCAGAACCAGCACAACAAAAAGUCCUCAAAAACAAAAUAAUACACCGACAAAAUCCUACAAACACUCACCAAAAAACUUUUCUAAAGAAAAAACUUCUGAACAAAAGACUGUAAUUGCUAAAAGCAAUUUGCAGAAGGAUUCUUCAAAAACUCUGUCUUACAAGAAAAAGUUAUUCUCAGAGGACUGGUCAUCAAGUAAGCCCUCUACAAGCGGGCAUGUUAAAGACAAAAGUCAGUCAGGGAUUGUUAAAAGUAAACCGUCCCUAAAUGUAUUCGAUCUGACCUCUACUGAUGAGUCCACUGACGAUGAAUUUCACACCUGGGAACCGAAUACUGAUCUCAAAGUUGUCAAGUAUCGACAUGACAACAUCGAAUUAGUUUCCAAGUCGUCUGCUUCAAAGAUUAAGCGCAAAAAUUAAUGUGGUAUAUAUGAAGUUAAAUUAGAACAAACUAUCUAAAUUUGGUAGAAUAUAUCUGGUGUGUUUGUAACUUCGUUUCUUUUUAAAUGUACAUUUCCUAAAAUGGUCAUAUAUUGGUAUGUCUGUGUUAGUUUCACGUAAGAGUGAAAAAGUCUUUAAGGCAUAGGGCAUUGAUUAUUGUCCAGUGGACAUUAAAUCACGUCAUGUAAACUUGUGUCAAAUGAACAUUUACUGGGUGCUAUGGGAAAACAUUCAUUUUUCAAGAUUGUGCAUGGCAUAAUAAAAACUACAAAGGUCAUAUGACUGUUGACAUGAAUUCAUUGACGGAUCUGAUUUUCUGGUGCUUUGUUGUUUGUUUCCUUCUUUUAUGUUGUCUUUCAUUGUUCCUGUUACAUUGUCGUUAAAUGUUGGCAAUCCAUAAUCUAUCAUCUUAAUUAAUUUACCGAUCAUUUUAAUGUGGUUUUGGUGUUUAUGAAAUAAUAUACAAAGGUUAAUUCCUGAAAACAGAAAAUAUUUUACGUUUUAUGGAUUUUUAGAAAAUAAAACAGAUUGACUUUACAUGAAAGUAAUUAAACAUAUUGUGUUACAAUUUAUUGUUAGCAUUUUAUAAGUGAUCAUUAAUUUUACAACGAUUAUUUUAACGUUAAUCUUGUACAUACAU